AUGAUGGCUAGCCUACAAACAGCGAAGAAAGACCUUCGCCGAAAGAUGCGGGAUAUUGUACAAAGGAUCCCUGCGGAUUCCAUCGUCAACCAAUCUAGAGUUGCCACGACAAGGCUACUCUCUCUCACUGAGUACCAAAAUGCCAAAAGGAUCGGAGUCUAUUUAUCAAUGCCAUCGGGAGAGCUAUCAACUACUGCCAUUGUGCAAGACGCUUUGAUGAACGGCAAGGAGGUCUUCAUACCCUAUAUCCAUAAUGUGGAGACACCAUCAACACAGGAGAAGACGUCUAUCAUGGACAUGUUGGCAUUGGAAUCCAUGGAAGAAUUCAACAGUCUCACACCCGACAAAUGGGGGAUCCCAUCUCUUGCGAAAACCCAAGUUGGAAAAAAGACCAACUGUUUCGGCGGAACCGGAGUCUCUCCUUCAGCAACUAAUAAAGCGACAGAGGGAGGGAUCGGGCUAGAUUUGAUUGUUAUGCCGGGCAUGGCCUUCGACCGUGAAUUUAGAAGACUGGGUCAUGGUAAAGGAUAUUAUGAUCAUUUUUUGACUAGGUACCCCAAAGAGAUUGAGAGUAAGACAACGACGCCAAAAAUGCCUUUACUUGUUGCCCUCUCUCUCAAGGAGCAAACUCUCCCCGCGACCGAACAAAUACCUGUUGCGAAUCAUGACUGGCCAGUAGAUGUCCUCAUCGUUGGCGACAAUCGGUGCUUCGUCCGUCACCACUAA